AUGGAAGAGAUGAUGUCCAGUUGGGAAAAGCUUGUGGAUCCACUUAUCAACGUGGCCCAGAAAAGGAAGAUCCUGACAUCUGUUGAUGAAGGUAACCUGAAAUUUGUAACUUUCAAUUUCUUUUGCAUUAAGACAAGGUCUUAUCGCAAGAUUAUAUUUCCCAUGGUGAGCUGCUGGUUUUUCCCUUCUCAAGAAAACAUCCAGUGAAAUAGAAUGCAAGGAUGACAAUCACAGGAUGAAAGUUACCACACAGGAGGUUGAUUUUUGUAAAAUACAUAUGUAUCAUAUUAAUGUUAAAGAAACCUGUAUUGAUGAAACUGCUAAAAGUUGAAAAAUGUGCAGACUGUGCUGGACAGUAACAAUCAGCUGACCUUCUCACCUGAUUUAAUUGUAGAUCCUGAUACAAAGGAAAUCAUGGCUUUGAGAUCUCUUCCCACAAUUUUCAAGUUAAUCAAUGGGGCUACAGUACAUGAUGCAGAAAACCAUUUCAUAUUUGUUGCCAAGGUAUGUUCCUCAACCGCUUGAGCUAGCUGUUGCUAUAAUGUUACUUUAUAGUGUGGCUAACAUAACUGUUUCCUCGUGGAGCUUAGGCAUAUAUUUAUUUAUGCCCUUUAUUUUUCUGCAGUAAAAGGUGCAAUAAAGUUUGAUUUGUUACUGGCAGUUUUAUUUUGUGUCCAUUUUAAUAAUAAUUCAAACAAGUCUUCGAGGACCUCAGUUCACUUUAUUUUUCUAUUGAGACUGCAAUACCAAUUUAUGUUAUUCUGAGAGGAGAUAGAAGUCUGGCACUGAAGUAAGGAACUUUAAUGAAUGACACUGUGAAGCCAUAAACUAGCAGUGACUUGCACAAACCUUAGAAAAAUUAAUUUUUUUUUUAUCUGUUCUUUUACAGGAUGAUGCCUCCUUUGAAGCUGCUAGAGCAAAAGCACCGUCAUCUUCACCUUUUUUGAUGGUGAAUCCAGGAAAACAGGUCCUCCUCAUGCAAAGCAAUAAAGAGAGUUUUAUGGAACUUUCUGCUGAUUGCCUUGCAAAAGCUGUAGUUUUUUUAGUUGGUAUUUAUUACAUAUUCCAUCUUGAAUAUCCUGGACCUGCAAAGGGUGCAUUUAUGUUUUUGCAGGAACACAUAUUGCAUGACUUUCUAUCUAAGAGGCCAUUAAGGUAUGCUACGCGGUUGGCAGAAAUGAAGCUGUAG